CGACUCUGUUAACAACAGAAGCGUUAGGACGUUUUCGAAUAGAUGCACAUAGAAGAAGCAGCUUAAAAAACAGCGCCUGCGCCUCGGAGACGGUGAUUUGAAUUAAUUGAUCGAAAACGAACGAAUUCCAGCGUCGCAUUCCAUCAGAGAUGAAUACGCCGGGUAUGAGCCUCUUCCAGGGGGCAGAUACACUGAAUGUGAACUCUACGUUGGAUCGCCAAGAGGAGGAGGAGGCGUUGCAGGAUCAGAAAAGACGUGAAGAAGAGCUGGGCAAUCUGCUUGAAAAUGCCUUCGACGAUCUGGACGAUGAGGAGAACACCAUCGACUCUACUACGAAUUUCCAGUCCGAAUCGACGCCCUCGGAACCCUAUCUUCCCACACACCCGCCGCCACAUCCAUAUCCGUUGCAGGAAAAUCACCAGCAUGCUGGGGAGUUGCACCAUCUAAAAAUGGUUCUGCAAUCGAAGUCGAACGAACUGGAUAAUGUUAAUGAAAUAGCCACCGCCGCUCACAAGCAACUGGACGAAUGCCAGAAGAGGCUUACCAUAACACAGGCUGAGCUGGAGAGGGCGUUGCGGGAGAAGCAAAAUACUCAUGAACUACUGGUAGAGACGAAGGAGCGGUGCUCCAAUCAGGACAACGGACUGGAGAAACUGCGGGCGGAGAAAAAACAGCUGGAGGAGGACAACACGCGUCUAGUUAGUCAGCUGGAGCUUACCAGGACCCUCCUUUCUGAUAUUCAAUGCAAAUAUGAUAUGAUCCAAAAGGAGUCUCAUAAAAAGGAGGAGAGAAGCGCCGAGUUGCGGAUCAAACAUCUCGAAGAGACUCACCGGGCGCAGUGUGAUCUGCUGCAGAACCAACUUACCCAAAUGGCAGGUCAGCUAGACCGCAAGAAGAGCGAGCUGGAGCAGAUGCAGUCGCGCUACAAUGCCCUGCAAUCUGGGCAUGAAACUAUGCUCUUGGAUAAAGCUGCCAAGAUAAAUGAUUUGAAUCAGGCCCUAGAUGAUGCCCAGAUGCGUUGCAGACACUUGGCGGAUCUGGAAGCUGACAACCAACGCCAGAAGCAAUGCAUUGCCGAUAUGAAUGCGCGCAUUGCGAGUCUGGAGCAAACCAUCAGCUUGCUAAAUGAUCGGGUGAAUGAAACAACAGCUGAGUUGGACCUUAUGGAUAGUUUGUUGCAGCAACAUCAAACCGAAGACUCUCCCAAAGCAAGGCUUAGUCAGGUAGGUGCUUCCCGGCUGGUGGGCAGCACGCCCUUAAACCCUCUAGACAGGGUCAGCCACAUCAAGCAGGAACUCUAUCGGGCUCUGGCGAAUCUUAAGGGCAAGAGAGAGGAGGUGCGCCGGCUGGAGAAACAGCUGGAAGAGCGUAAUCAGGAAAUGCGGCAUUUGCACGAGCAGGAGAAUCAAUCCUUAGUUAAAUUGGAAACCCUCAAAGAAGACAAAACACGCCUAGAGAAUCGUAUUAAAUCUUUGCAAGAGGAAAUCCAGGAACUAAAAUGCCACCCACAGAUCGAAAAUCAACUUUCGCUUUUGACGGAAGAACGGGAUUCGCUAAAGGAUCUUAAUCGGAAAAUGGAAAACCAACUUUUCACCGUCGAGAAGCAACUUACAGAUCUCAAAGAGAAACACGAAAGCCUAGAAGAGAAGCACGAUGAACUUACGCAGGAGAACCGAAUGCUCAGAAACAGCACCACUGCGGAUGACUUACGCCUUGAGUUGGAAAGACACAAGAUCCUGCUGAAGGAUGCUCAGAGCGAGGUAGAACGACUCAAGAAGCUCUAUGCUGACAUUGCCACGGACAAGGAGUCGCUGGAAUAUGAUCUUAAAAAACUAAGGCAAUCUGACGCCCUAAUGGAGCUGCAGGAACAAACCCAGCAGUUGGCUGCUGCUCAGCGAAAUCUUAAGCUGGUAGAGAUGAAGUCCGAAGAGCUGAGCAAGAUCUUGGAGGCGGAAAAGCUAAACCAUGAGCGGGAACUGCAGGCUCUGCGCCAGAAGCACGAGCGGCAGAAGCGAGAGGAGGCAGCUUCUAAGGAAGGCUCAGAGAAUUGCAGCAAGUGCAUUGAGAACAUGGCCGAAAUUGCAAAGGCGGAAAUCCGGAUGUUAAAGCUAGAAAACGUAAACAGCGCCCAGGUCAAGGAAAUAAAAAACCUGGAACUCGAACUAGAGGAGUCUAAAAGGAUGCAAGCAGUUAUGGCGGAUAAGAUAGAGCUCUCAAUGAAACAGGAAGAAUUAAUCAACGACCUCAAGGAGAAGGCCAAGCAGUUCCAGGCCUAUGUUAGUCAGCAGGCGGAAGUGGAACUCCAAAAACUACAGAAAAAGGCUUGUCCCAGUCCCAAGGGAGAUUCUCCUCUAUGCUCAUCCCCGAUAGACUUGUCCCAGGAGCGAAUUAAGCGUAUUGAACAGCGGGUACGGGAUGAGAUGGCCAAACUGUUUGCUGCCGAGCUUAAGAAGUUCACUACCCGGCUACAGCAGACGGAGGAAAAGAACCAGUGCCUGCAGCGGGAAUAUCAAUCAGUAUGUUCCGAGUUGCAGCAGCGGCAAACGGAAGUCGAUCUUCUGAAGCAGACAAUCCUGGCAGAGCGCGAGAAGAUUGAAGAGAUGCUGGCCGCAAAAGAAGAGAAGGAGAAGGCCAUGCUUCAAAUGUGCCGUCAGGAGCUGCAGGCCAAAAAUCAUCGUAUUGAGGAACUUACUCGAGAGUCCGAUGAACAUCAGGCGAGCAUAGAAUCGGAACGCAAGUCCAUGAAAGUGGUUAUGGCGCACUGGGAGAAGCAGCAAGAGUCCAUUGAGCAGGUGGAGAAGAAGUGGCGGGAGCAGCUGGAAACCAUGAGAGCUGCCCACGAAGAGGCUAUGCGAGCCGCUCAGCAUCGCUACCAAAGUGCCAAACGCACCGCCCAAAACUACAAGCUCUAUGCCGAGGACAAAGAGGCGCACAUGAAGCGCGAGUACGAGCGUAUCAAGCGAGAAUACGACGCCUCUUUGUCGAAAAUUGAAAGACAGAUGCACCAGCGCAUCGGUCACAGAAGUCGCGAGCGGCAUCGUGACAAGGAGAACCAGCCAAUCAAUAGCAAUGCCAGCAAUACGACUACAAGUAAUGGUAGUGGGAACACCAACAGUAAAGGCAGUUAGUUUAAGUUGCAUCUGUUUGUAAAUCUUAGUUGUUGCAAAUUGUUCAAAAAAUAAACGCCACAAUACAUUCCCUUGA